AUGGCCUCAACAUUUGCUGGUGAAAAGUCACUUGGAAAAGUAUUGAGGCAUGACAAGAAAAUUAAAGAUCGUGUAGAAAUUAUUAGGCCUCAUGCCAUUGAAGAAUAUAACAAACAUAUGGGAAGUGUUGACUUACUCGAUAGCAUAAUAGCUCGACACAAAAUAUUAAUGAGAAGCAAGAAAUGGUAUAUGAGAAUUCAUUUAGGAAGACCUAGUAAUACUUCAAUAGAACAAGUGUCUCAGACUAAAAGAUGCAAAGGGACUGCCCAAUCCGUUCCAUGUAAGGACAUUAGAAGAGAUGGUAUAAAUUAUUGGCCAAUAUGGUCAGAAAAGAAUACGGUACAUAACCGAGUUGUUUUUGGACUCACAUCAAGUCCGUUUCUGCUAGCCGCUACACUUAGUCACCUUUUGACUACAGUCCCAGAAAAGUUUGUAGAAACUUCUAAUAUUUUGAAGGAUUCAUUUUACCUCGAUAAUUCGUUAAUUAGCUUAAAUCACGUAGAUGAAGCCGAAAAUUUCGUUCAAGAAGCAAGAUUGAUUUUGGCUUCAGGGCAUUUCAAUUUGAGAUGUUGGCGAUCAAAUUUUCGCAUUGACAUGAUCGAUGAGAUAGAGAGCAAGACGAAAGUUGUCCCAGUAUUAGGAUUAGUAUGGGAUUUAGAAAAAGAUAGUUUGAGUUGCAAGAUCGAAGAAACAUUUAACUUGAGGGAACCUAUUACCAAAAGAAAAGUUUUGUCAAUUACCCAGAAAAUUUUUGAUCCCAUUGGCUUUACUGCACCGAUAACUGUAAUUCCUAAGCUAAUUUUGCAAGAAACAUGGAACCAGAAGAUUAAGUGGGAUGAAGAUCUUCCUCUUCCCCUAAGUGAGCAGUUUGGGACUUGGUUGAACCAAUUGCCUCUGCUAUCUCAGAUUGAAAUUCCUCGUUGGUUAAAUAUUGAUUACGAAAACGAAGAUACCGUAGUGCUCCACGUUUUUUCGGAUGCUAGUAAAAGAGCCUAUGCCACAUGUGCAUUUUUAAGAGCUGAAACCAUCGAAGGUGUAAAGGUUCAGUUAGUAAGCGCGAGAAGUCGAAUAGCCCCUAUUAAGGAACUUACGAUUCCACGGCUUGAACUUCUUUCCUGUCUGAUAGGUGCCAGGCUUGCCAAAACAAUUCUAUCAGAUUUGAAACUUAAGAAUUGUAGAACAGUGUUCUGGAGUGAUUCUUCUACAGCUUUGGGGUGGAUAAGAAGGGAUCAAGCAUGGGGUACGUUUGUUCACAAUCGAGUACAAGAAAUAAGAUCGCUUACCAGAAUAUCUGACUGGAGGCAUGUACCUGGAAGUUUAAACCCAGCGGAUCUCCCAUCGAGAGGAUGUACUAUUGAGCAAUUACAGAAAUCGGCAUGGUGGGAGGGCCCAUCGUGGCUUUACUUACCAGAAGACGAGUGGCCCCAUGUAGAAGAAAAGCCUGAUGAAGAACUUAUAAACAAGGAAAAAAGGAAAACGAUUCUGACUCUUCUAGAUCAUGGAGACAAUUUGGACCGGUACUACAAAUACUUCUCUUCAUAUAGAAAAACCGUGAGAAUGAUCGCUUGGAUUUUCAGGUUUUAUCACAAUUUAAAGAACAAAGAUAAAAACCUCACUCCUGAUGUCUCAGUUGAUGAAUUGGAGAAUGCUGAAAAGGCACUUUGUAGAUUGGUACAGAAAGAAUCAUUUACAGGCAUAAACGAUCCCGCUAUUCGUGCGCUGAGACCAAUCGUAGACCAAAAUGGAAUUUUAAGAGCCAAAACGAACGUCCUACAGCGUCAAGAUAAUGAAAAUUUCCGAUAUCCUAUCAUUUUUACCUUCAAAACAUACCUUCUUGUUGAGAGACUAAUUUACGAGAAACAUCUAGAACUCCAGCAUGCUGGUGUCAGCACUUUAAUGACAAAUCUUAGAGAAAACUUUUGGAUAUUAAAAUCCAGAAAAAGUAUUCGAAAUAUUAUCAGAAAAUGUGUAAGAUGUAAAAGAUUUGUUUCACAAAGAGUGGAAGUCGAGCCAGGAUUUCCACCCGAAGAUCGAGUCAGAGAAGGGGCGACUUUUGAAGUCGUCGGUGUAGAUCUAGCGGGUCCUCUCUAUCUCCGUGAGGGGUCUAAAGCGUGGAUAGUCUUGUAUACAUGUGCCAUUUAUAGAGCCAUUCACCUCGAACUAGUUACUUCUCUAUCUACAGAAACUUUCAUCCAAUCUUUACGUAGAUUCAUUGCCAGAAGAGGUAGACCUUAUGUGAUAUAUUCCGACAACGGAACUAAUUUUGUAGGGACUAACAGUGUUCUUAAGAAAGUUAAUUGGAACGCCAUAUGUUCAGCUGCUUCUUCUAUCCAAAGGAUACGAUGGAAGUUCAACCCUCCGACCGCCGCCUGGUGGGGAGGUUGGUGGGAGAGGCUUGUGCGAAUGGUGAAAGAAAAUUUAAGAAGAGUGUUAGGUCGAACGUCCUUAAAUUAUGAAGAAUUAUACACUAUAUUAUGUGACUGUGAACAAGUGAUUAAUUCGCGACCUAUCACAUAUGUAUCAGAGGAUAAUCAAGAUCCAUCACCACUGACCCCUAUGAUGUUUCUGCAAGAAUUGCCGUCAUCAGGAGUUCCUGAUAUGGACUACGUAGAUUCCAAAGAACUAAACCGUCGAGCCAAAUACCGACAGAGAAUAAGACAUGAUCUACGAAACAGAUUUCGUAAUGAAUAUCUUGGUCAGUUGAGACAACAGGCAAUAAAGAAAGGAAAAUUUCAACAAUUGCAAGUAGGCGAUGUCGUUCUAUUGGAAGACAGCCAGAGACGACGCAUACAUUGGCCUUUAGCCAAGAUAGUCGAGCUUUUCCCCAGUAAAGACGGAAUAGUUAGACUAGCGAGGGUCAAGACAAGAAAUGGAAUUCUGCUUCGUCCAGUGCCCCGGCUUUUCCCGUUGGAGAUCUCUACUUCCGAAUCCGUUGGCCCUCCGUUCCCCGACAGAGCACCUCGAGAUAGAAACGACCAUGCAACUGGUCAGGCUGAUCAGGCUGCUAGUAUUCCAGAACCUGCCUCAAGUCCUCGAGUGAUGACCAGAGCUGGACGAGUUGUUCGGCCUCCUCAUCGACUGGACCUAUAUUCCGAGGAAGCAAAAGCAUAUCGUCUAUGGAAACCUGGAACUUAUGAAGUAGUACAAUGUCUUGACGUCAGAUUUUUGAAACUCCCAAAAAUUGAGACAAUUUCGAAAAUUUCAGCAGAUGGUGAACAGGAAUUCAUCGAAUUUGUUCUUACCGAAGAAAAUUCAGAAGCCAACAAGAAUUCCGAAGUGCCAAACGAAAGGAGACUAAAAGUUGACGAAUACGUAAUUCAAGAUCAAAAUUCAGAAAGAGGACCAGGAAGAACUUCCUGUAAGCAGGAAUACCCGGCAGACCAAGAAAAAUCUAUCAACAAAGCCACGCUAAUUUGCUCAAUGAGAGAAAAUGUUGGGAAAUUUGCAUUUCUUCUUUAUGCCUGCGCUGAGCAGAAAAAG